UUCCGGAUUUGGCCGGCACUGCACCAAAAGCUGCAGAGACUUUGUACUCGGGCAGUACAGUGCAGAAGUCAGAGCCUCCGGCGGUGUAGCGGCUGUGUAGAGCUCUGAAGCCAUGCGGUACCUACCGUGCCUGUUGCUCUGGGUGUUCCCGUGGGUCUGGGGACAAUCGGAAGACCAGCUAGAGAACUUCCCGCUGCGCUGCCUGCAGAUCUCUUCCUUCCUAAACAGCAGCUGCUGGCGCACAGACGGCUUGGCCUGGCUGGGGGACGUACAAACGCACCGUUGGAGCAAUGCCUCUGCCCUUAGCUUCCUGAAGCCGUGGUCCCGGGGCAAAUUCAGUGACCAACAGUGGGAGAAGUUGCAGCAUAUAUUUCAAGUUUAUCGAACCAGCUUUACCAGGGACAUACAGGAAUUAGUCAAAAUGUUGCCUAGCAUGCACUAUCCCAUUGAGAUACAGUUGUCUGCUGGGUGUGUACUGCACUCUGGGAACACUUCGGAAAGCUUUUGCCAUAUAGCAUUUCAAGGACAACACGUCAUGAGUUUUCAGGGAACUUCCUUUCAGAAGGCCCCAGAUGCCCCACCUGGGACAGAGUUGGCCAUUAAAGUACUCAACAGUGAUCAAGGGACCAUGGAAACGAUCCAGCAACUUCUGAACUACACCUGCCCCCAGGGUGUCCGUGGCCUCAUAGAAGCUGGGAAAGCAGAACUGGAGAAGCAAGAGAAGCCUGUGGCCUGGCUGUCCAGUGGCCUCAGCCCUAGACAUGGCCAUUUGCAGCUGGUGUGUCAUGUCUUCGGCUUCUACCCAAAGCCUGUGUGGGUGAUGUGGAUGCAGGGUGAGCAGGAGCAAAACAGUACUCAGAGAGGUGACACCCUGCCCAAUGCUGAUGGGACGUGGUAUCUCCGAGCCACCGUGGACGUGGAGGCUGGAGAGGAGGCUGGCUUGGCCUGCCGGGUGAAACACAGCAGUCUAGGAGGGCAGGACAUCAUCCUCUAUUGGGCAGGUGGCAGACAUUCAUCAGUGGCUAUUAUCGUCCCGGCAGUACUAAUAAUAGGAGUGUUAGUUCUUGGGUCCUGUUUUAUGCUCAUCUACAGGAGGCGCCGCUCCUAUCAAGACAUCCUGUAGCUCCUCCUCACACCUGCCUCUUCUGAGACUCAGACCUUCCGACUUUUAGGACUUCGGUCCUGGUCUGCUCAGGAAGAAGUGAAGAGCAAACAAAGCACCCUUUCAACAUUUAUUUAAAAGAAAGUAAUUCCGUUUCUGUUGUAUUGCAAGUGUACCAGCCCAGGUGGUUUGGAACAAGCGCGAUUGCAGAUGCCCAUUUCCACCAGGAACGAGCUGUGGGCAGUCUUCUAUGGGAUUUGCACUGAACUGGAGAGCACAGGUCCUGCCCAAACAGAUGCUUCAGGGUUUGGUGACAAGUGUAAAGUCCAUCACAACAUAACUCAACUUUGCGGCUUUCAAGAAAGCUAGAAAUAUGGAUUUCUGGGGCUGACAUGCAGAUUUUAAAAAGUAAACUCAAAUAUUGGCACUGUUUGAUAUCUUAGAUCCACACCUGCUGGAUGCGAAUAUAAUGAUAACCCCAGGGCUUCCAGUUUAUGGCUCUUUAAAAAAAUGUUUGUCCUAAAUACCAUAAUGAUAAUUUUAGGACAUAGUCUCUAUUGUAAAUACGUAUUUGUGACUAAAGGGUGUAUUCUCUUUAUUAAUUAGGAGAUCUUCUGAGGUUUUGUUUGAAGUAACUGUAGUUUUAAAAAAGAGAAGUCACAGAAUAUGCCAAUAUAGUUGAAAAACUAGUCUCCUUGAGAUAUUUCCCUCAAACACUGCUAUAAUUUGCCUCUGAAAUGUACCCCCAACACCCCAUGUAUUGAAGGUCUGGUUCCCAGCCCAUGGCCCUAUCAGGAAGUAGUGGUCACAGUAGCAGGUGAAGCCUGCUAAUGACACAAUGGGCUGAUCCAGUCAUAGUGGGACACAAAGUCUCUUUGCGAAUGCAAUUCCUGGACCUAGAAGGAAACUCGAGGAUUUUUAAAUUUUUUUUUUGUCUGAGAAAGUAGGGCAGGCAAGCUGGAGGUCUGGGCAGCUGCCAGGAGGCGGCAAAUGGAAAGACAGGUUAUGUCUUCAAGAGCAUCAGCAAAAACAAACACCUUGAAAGACAGAGUAAACACACCAGUCCUCCAAUCUGGGCAUUUUUACCUCUAGGCUUUUACUGAAGGAUCAUAAAAUCUCUGACCUCUCUGGGGGACAAGGGCCUUAGAAACAAGAGCAGCAUUUUACCCUUUUGGGUUAUCAGGGAGGAAAUAUUUAAUAUUAUUUGGUUUAACCUUGCAGUGUACUAAGUGCUUCUCAGGGUGACCUAGAACUCAAGCUGUGUAUAAGAUAGGAAGGAAGGAAGACAAGCUACAGCAAUUGUCUAGUUUCCCAUCUAGUUUCGUUUUUAAAGCGAUUUAAAACCCCUAACCUGGGCUUGUCUUUAAUCUGGAAAUGAGUUACAAGUGACUUGUAGAGAGUUAUCACUUCCUGAAACGUCAGUGUUGGAUUACAUUCAGUUUAGCUAUGGAAGCCCACCCAGCACUUGGAAAUAAAUUAGAACAACUUGGCAAUUUUC